GAUCGGCAACAAUGCAGCCGAAUGCAUUUCACAAGCUUUUACUACUGCUACCGCUAGCCUAUCAACAUACAUCAAAUGAUCACAAAGAUGAAGCACAUUGGAAUUACGAGACGAACGGUCAAAAUUGGGGAGGAAUUUGUUCUUCAGGAGAAAGGCAAUCGCCCAUUUCUUUGAACGUUCAAAAAUCGCUUAUCGUCCCAUUACCUCGGAUCGUUUUCGGAAACUAUGACGUAAAAUUAAGGGGGCCGCUCGCCCUGGAAAAUAAUGGACAUACAGCUCACAUGGAGAUUCCCGAAACGGCCAACGGCAAUAAGCCCUUCAUAACCGGUGGCCUGUUGAAAAGUCGAUUUGUGGCCGAGGGUCUUCACUUUCAUUGGGGAUCCCCCAGUUCCCGCGGAUCCGAGCAUUCCAUCAACAAGCAGCGAUUCGACGUGGAAAUGCAUAUUGUCCAUCGAAACGCCAAAUACAAAGAUAUCGAUGAGGCGAAAGACAAGAAAGAUGGAUUGGCUGUCAUCGGUGUGAUGCUGAAAAUUGUCAAGAAUCCCAAUCGCAUAUUUCCUGGCCUUAACAAAGUAAUGAGUGCAUUGCCGAGAGUUACGAAGUAUAAAGCGAAAACGACUAUUCCGGGAGGCUUGAGUUUGGGUCAGAUGCUUGGCAAUCUGAAUCCCCGGGACUUUUUCACCUACCGGGGAUCCCUAACCACGCCCCUUUGCGAGCAGGUUGUCACUUGGAUGGUGUUCUCCCAAGUCCUGCCCGUAUCCUAUUCAUCGGUAUCGAAGUUCUGGAAACUGCGAGACUCCGAGGGCCACAGACUUAUCAACAAUUUCCGGGACAUCCAACCCCGAAAUGGACGACCUGUGUUCUAUAGAGUGGGCAAAGAUCUGAGUGGUGCCUACCUGGGAAAGUGA